AUGCCUGAACAACAGGAGCGCAGGGAUGAGCCCCAAAGCUCCGGUUUCAGGGGGGCCCUCCAGGGCCUGGCUUUCUUCCUGCUGAUCCAGGCCCUUGCUAGUCAAUUUCUGGGUGGAAAGCAGCAGAGCACUGACGCCGGUGGAAAACCUGGUGGCGUUACCGAUUUCAGUACUCGUCCAGCUAGGAGCGAAAUCGAGAACUACAGCCCUAUCCCCGACUCGAUUGCCCCGAUAUGGCCUGUCGAUAGUCCCUUGGAUAUGAACAUCUACGUUUCGCCCUCGGUGUUUGUCCCCACGCACAAGUCACAGCGGUCGAGCACCCUAGUGCUCUCGGAGAAGAACUUCACUAUUGGGAAUUACAGCGACACGAGGGAAAUUGACACCAUCAUCAAAGUCCCCAAGGAAGCUCAGCAAAACGGAACUCUGUUUGCGCACUUCUUCCUCGGCCUUUCCGGACAGCAGCUGGACCCUUCCGCUAAGGACUACAGCACCGACAAGGCCAUUCACUUCUUCCGUCCGCUCAACCAGUACCUCCCCAAGAAGAAGGCGAAGAAGCUCAAGAACCUCUUGACCGGCAGCGAAGAGAAGGAGGAGGAGGAGGAGGAUACUACGCCCGAUGUUUCCACCGCAUCCUACUACCACCCGAAUUUUACUGUGUCCUUUAUUCCCGACUCCGGAGUUCAGAAGUAUCGUCAGGUGCACCCCGCUGUCCGGCAACACCUGCAGCUUGAGGCUACUGGUGCAAGAGAUAUCUCCGGUAAAAAUGGAUGGUAUUACCCCAUCGUUUUCCUGAACACCUUCUGGCAGCUUCGAAGCCACAUGAUGGAGCUCAACUCCACCGUCGACACCGUUCCCUUGCGCAUCACCCUCAACAACCUCCAGAAUUGGAAAUUCAGUAUGAUGGCUAGCGUCGACGACAGCGCGAAGCAGACUGCUCGUCAAGCUGCCUAUGGUGCUUCCACCCCGGGAGGUGGCGACGGAAGUGAAUUUGAGAUGAUCAAGGAGGUUUUGCUCAACACCAACAUCUACUUGCUGGGCACCACCGGCGUGGUCACUAUUCUGCAUAUGGUGUUUGAAACUCUGGCCUUCAAAAAUGAUAUCUCUCACUGGCGCAAGAAGAAAGAUGUCGUUGGAACGUCUGUCCGGACCAUCUUGGCUAAUGUUUUCAUGCAAGCGGUUAUCUUCCUCUAUCUCAUGGAUAACAGCGAGAACACCUCGUGGAUGAUCCUCGCUAGUCAAGGUUUUGGUAUUCUUCUGGAAGCGUGGAAAAUCACGAAGACGGUGGAUGUGCGCCUCCGGCCGCCACCAACCAACUCCUUCUUUUCCUUCCUGCCGUACGUUGUGGUCUUCGAAGACAAGCACAAGCUUAGCGAUACGGAGCAGAAGACCAAAGAGUACGAUGAGAUCGCCUUCCGCUGGCUUUACAUCCUCGCCGUACCUCUCCUGGCUGCGUACGCUGCGUACAGCUUGAUUUACAACACGCAUAAGUCGUGGUACUCCUACGUCAUCGAGACUCUGGUCGGCAGCGUCUAUGCGUACGGUUUUCUGAUGAUGGUGCCGAGUCUGUAUAUUAACUACCGACUGAAGUCUGUUGCUCAUAUGCCAGGAAAAGCGUUGACUUAUAAAUUCCUCAACACUUUCAUCGACGAUCUCUUCGCCUUCACGGUCAAGAUGCCGUGGCUUCAUCGACUUGCCACCUUCCGGGACGAUAUCAUUUUCUUCGUCUGGCUUUACCAGGGCUGGAAGUACAAGGUGGACUACAAGCGUGUCAAUGAAUUUGGCCAGGGAGGUGACAGUGACGUUGAGGAGGAGGUGAAUGCUAAACCGGAGGAGCCACCCAAGCCAGAGGCGUCCGCUCGGGCAUCCGGAAAGGAGAGUUCCAAGUCCACUCGGAAGAGAAAGUAA